AUGGGCUUCAAGUCUCCACCCUUUGGUAAAGUUCGCAUUGGCUAUCGCGACACCAUGCCUGUCCCCAGCUUCGGUCAUGUUGGGUCACCGGUCUCGCCUCGAUCAAUUACUUGCCUUGGCUUUCUGGCAUUCGUUGUGAGAUUUGCACACUUCGAUUUGCCCUUCUUGUCACGAAGCCACGCUCGCCUUGGCGCCUCGAUGUUGGCCAUCGACCUCGUUUCUGCAGGGCCUAUUUUGCUGGUACAUGGCUCUGUUCGUCCAGGACCCACGCCGUCCAUCGAGACAGAGCGCAGAUUCCGUGAUCUCUCGAUCACAGACUGCCAGGGUGGCAAGGGCCCCCUGAUCAGCUGCGCUACGCCCAUGAUCGCCGGCGUGCACCUGUCGGUGGUUGCCGUUGCCUCAGCUGGCUCUGUGAAGCUUGUCUUAGUCCUUUACUCAAAUGGCAUCAUGCCUGCUCGUGAGGAAAUUUGCAAGAUUGGGCUCUCCGACGUCACUCUCGGGCUUAGCGAGACCAGGUACUUCGCCUUCCACCCUGAGCAGUUCUACUUUGGAGUCUCAGUCGUUUCUUUUCCUUCGGAGCUACAGCAGCAUGGCCCCAGCUAUCUUCGCGCUGCUGGCAUGAGAUGGGCAGACUCCUCCCUUCUGGAAAGCUUCUACAAUAAUGUGGGAGGGCUGGCAGACAUCGCUCACCACAUGCCCGUUGUCGGCAAUCGGCGCUACAACCUUGGGCAGUUUUCCUUCAUUGAGGCUCCACUGCUUCACACGGGCAUGGGGCGUCACCUGGUUGACUCGAGAGUGCUGUGCCCGUCUUCGGAGCUGCAAAACUUGGUUCCUCUCUGGUCCCUGGCUGAGCUUCAGCGGGCCCUUCCAUGCGUGCUGCGGAUAUUCGAGAUAUCUCGAGAUAGCAUGGAGUUUGCUGUGAGUCUGGCAAUCUACGGAGGCGCAACAUUGAAGGUAGGAACUCCGAACAUCAACAGCCUCGAGUUCGGCACCGGCGCGUGCGCUAACGUUCUCCUUGCCCUUGUCCUAGAGCGACGGGUAGAUUUCAGCUGCAAAGAUGCUCUUUCCAUGGAAAUCGGCGGUGGCAGCCAAAACCAGCUCCACGGCACCUGGUACAUCGUCAAUCCCACGGACCGGCGCCUGAAGACGGAGAUCACGCCUCUCCGCAGGCAACUACGCCCGGUGUCCUACUCUUUCAAAGCCGGCUCCGAAUCCAAGUACAUGCGCUUCGGCUUUAUAGCCGAUGAGCUGGAGACGACGGUCCCGCAAGUGGUGCGCAGCGGAGGCACUAAACAAGCUCCUGAGGACCUGAUUGCCCUCCUCACCGCGGCCGGGCAGAGCCAGCAAGAGGUCAUCGAGAACCAGGAGCGGCUCAUGGCCGGAGUCUCAGGUUCCUUCGCUUUGGGCCUGGCACUGGCUUGGGGAUACGACCAGGUCGAGUCCGAAUUCGAAGCCUUCAAAGCAGAGCUGAAGCUCUUGAAAGAGCUCAAGGAGAAGAAGCGGCAAGCCAACCGGGCCUUGGCCUGUGGGGCAACUCGCAAGAAGCGCAGUGUCAUCUCGGACAUCAGGAGGCUCCCAUGCUCUGGGGACUAUGCAGCUAGCCCCAAAGCUGACGAUGGGUGCCUCGAAGGCUUGAUGGCAGUUGCGGGUGCAGGUUCAGUGCUGUGGCCGUUUGAUGACAACUCGCUGCUGCCGUCCUGCUCUGGGGAAGAUCUGCAGACCAUCCCUUGGAAGAUCAAAGGCAGUGCUCCGGGAGCUUUCAUGGGCGCGUGCGGUACCCAAGAUCCAGGUGAGCAGGCUUUCGCAGAUCCGCAAGAAUGGCGAAACUCUGUGCAAGGCGAAGAUGAUUUGUUCUUUGGCAUCUUGGAUGCUUACACGAACGUGAGGACACCUGAGACGCCUCAGACGCUUGCAGAGGUUGCUGGAGCCCUGGGUUCCUUGGCCCUGGAGGGCCAGCCAGCAGAUGAGGGAACCAUAUCAGCCAUCCGCACCUUGAUCAACUCGCUUCUACAGACGAUUACCACGCAACACCAAGCUGCUCAGACGGCGGUUGACAACCAGACCCUCUACCAGGCCUGCAUCAGUGCCAAGGAUGCUGCGUUCGGAAAGGCGAAUGCUCUGACUUCAACCACAACCAGCACAACAACAACCACAGGAGCACCCACAACAACCACCAUCCAUGCCGACCUAGCUGCCUGCAAGUCACAAGAGGCGGACCUGAUAGUGCAGAACCGGACCUGCUAUGGCGAGUUAGAUGCCAGCCGGUCGGCGAAGCUGGCGACCUGUGAACUCUACGACGAUAUGAACUACAUCAACGCAGGAUGGGAGUACCGGCUUCCCGAUUUUCAAAGGCGAGUGCACAACCUCGUACAGCAGCGCAGCACUCAUCACGACAGCUUUUCUCAUGGCUACACGAGCUGGGAGAUGAUGAGAGCUGCACGUGCAGCACGAUGCGGAGAUGCUGCAGCCUUCACAGGCACCUACGAGGAGUACCUGGAGCGUGAUAUCCAGACCCUCGCUGUGCUGCAAGCACGGAGCAAGAAUUGCAGCGCGGCUACAACUGGUUACGAUUCGAAGGUCACGGAAUGCGCGAAAGCGUUUGACGAAUUGACAUCGAAGCUGCAGGAGUGCUUGGAGUUGGAAGCGCACUUGGCCCAAAUCCAUGCCCUUCCAGAUUCGUCAACCCCGGCUGCUGGCCCCACCACGGCCGUGACGCAGGAGUUCUGCGCACCGUGGGCCGCGAAGGUGGCGGCCUGCAGCAACUACGACGCUUGCUACACCUCGAAGGCCGUCAUGCAAGAAAGCUCCUUCAAUGCCGCAAAGGAGCUGGCCAACAGCCGGCAGGCUGAAUACCUUGCGCUGAAGCGCAUCGACUGCCUCCUUAACGUCUUAGAGAGUUCCGCCGCUGAGCAGCCGGACAAGUUGACGGCCUGCGUUUCGGCAGCCCACGAUGUCAGCAGCCUGGAGUUGAAGAAGCCGGUGGCGCCGGCCAAGGCUUCCUGCGUGCCAGGCGUGCAACCUGCCGGCUGCGUUGCUUCGAGGUAG